AUGGCAAAUAAAUAUUCGAAACCUAAAUUUAUCGGACUUGAUAUUGCUCCAGUUCAAACUGAUGAAAAUAAACCUCCUAAUACUGAAUUUAUUCAGGCAAAUGUUUUAGAACGUUUACCUUUUGAUGAUAAUACGUUCGACUUUAUAUUUCAACGUUUUUUAUUAAGCGGAAUUCCUUUAGAUAAAUGGGUAUCUGUGAUUAAUGAAUUAGUCCGUGUAUUAAAACCUGGUGGUUACCUAGAGUUAGUAGAAAACGAUUUGCAAUAUAGCGUAAUGGGUCCCGCUACAAAAAAGAUUAUUGAUUGCUGUAAGAAUUAUAUCAAUUUCAUUCGUCAAGAUGGUCCUUUACAAUGUAAUAUUCUAACAUUAUCCUAUAUAAAUAUGCUUUUAGUAUCUAUUCUGCUUCAUGAACGUGGCUUAGACACUACUGUAUGUCAUAGAAUACAAAAUUAUUUAGAAGCAAAUAAAAGUCUUCAUAAUGUUCAUUGUGAAGAAAAGAAACAACUGGACGGUCAAUUUGCUAGCAAAGCGAUCAAAAUGCUCGCUGAAGAUUACGCUACUGCUCUAAUCGGUAUUAAAUCUUCACUUAUAAAUAUAGUUGG